AUGGCAUUAUGUAGUGAGAAUUGGAGUUUUGGAGGUGGAGUGUGUGUAAAAACUGUCACCUCUAAGGGCAUCAUUGGUGAACGGCCCAAAGAAAAUGCUACAUGUGAAGUAAUAAUAAGUGUGAAAAAUGGAGGACAUUUGCAGUGCACGGAAUCUGAAUAUCUGAAAGAAACUUUUAAUGGUACGGUUGUAGUGGGCAAUGCUGAUUGUGAGGUGGAUAGGCAGGUAGAGAGAUGUGUUCGGACUAUGGUACCAAAUGAACAGUGUUUGUUAGCUAUUUCAUUUAAAGAAUUCCCGACUACUGUUACACUCAGCAUUGGUCUUUCUACUUUUUCUCAGUUCCCAGACAUAUUUGAAUGGACUAGAGAAGAGAAGUUAGCAAUUGCCAGACAGCAUAAACAAAAAGGUGUGCAAUUGUUUCAGGCUGGUAGACUCUGCGACUCAUUCCUCAAGUUCAACAAGGCAGUCAAGUUAGUUAUUACAGUAGGAAUUGAGGAUUCUGAAGCGAGUGAUUUAUAUGUACAAGUGUGUAAUAAUAUGGCGUGGUGCCAUUUGAAGCAAGGUCAUACUAUUCAUGCCCUUACCCUAUGCAAUAAAGUAUUGAACGUUGACCCUUCCAACGUGAAAGCUCUGUUGCGUAGGUCUGAAGCAUACAAUAGACUGAACGAUGUAAAAUUGGCCCUUUUAGAUUUGAGACAAGUGCGAAAACUAGAACCCAACAAUGGGGUGGCAAAAGAACGCCUGAUAUUAUUACAACACAAAUUAGAACUUGAAAAUAUUAAAUAUGCUAAUGUUAUCAAACGUAUGUUUCAAUAGAUUACUAAAUAAAUAUUUUUAUUAAA